GGUGUAUCCCAGGAAUGUUUUCUUUCCCUGGCGGCACACGGGAGCGCACAGGGUCUGCUCUGUGCCCUGUCCUGGGCUGCACCCAAGCCGACCGCAGCGGGGAGAGGCAGCGAGGCCGGGCUCGCCCUUGUCCAUUCCGGCUGCGCUUUGAAGCCGGCAGCACCGCGGCCGGCGAGGGGUCCCUACUGCCGGGGGGUGCCGAGGGGAGCAGCCGGGACACCCCGACUGCCGCAGGGUCUCCUGCUCUCGUGCGGGUCACAUCCAUCCCUGCAGCAUGGCAGACACCGAGGACCCUCUGCGCACCGCUGGUGAUGCUGGGGACGGCGCAGGAGAUGAUGGGUCCCUCCAGAACGAUUCCUUCCCACUCUCCUCCCUGGCCAACCUGUUCGAGAGCGAGGACGCCCAGUCCCCCCCGGAGGCAGCGCGGGGUCCCCCGGGCGCCGGGGAUGGGAAGCAAAACCUCCGCAUGAAAUUCCACGGGGCCUUCCGUAAGGGCGCCCCGAAACCCAUGGAGCUGCUGGAGGCCACCAUCUACGAGUCCUCCGUGGUCCCCGCGCCCAAGAAAGCCCCCAUGGACUCCCUGUUCGACUACGGCACCUACCGCCACCACCCCAGCGAGAACAAGCGCUGGCGCAGGAGGGUCGUGGAGAAGCAAGCUCCGGCUGUGAAGGGGCCGGCUCCCAACCCGCCCCCCGUCCUCAAGGUGUUCAACAGACCCAUCCUCUUCGACAUCGUGUCCCGGGGGUCCCCGGCGGGCCUGGACGGGCUCCUCUCCUUCCUCCUCACACACAAGAAGCGCCUCACGGAUGAGGAGUUUCGAGAGCCCUCCACGGGGAAGACCUGCCUGCCCAAGGCGCUGCUCAACCUGAGCGGCGGCAGGAACGACACCAUCCCGCUGCUCCUCGACAUCGCCGAGAAGACGGGCAACAUGCGGGAGUUCAUCAACUCGCCCUUCAGGGACGUCUACUACCGAGGUCAGACAGCCCUGCACAUCGCCAUCGAGCGCCGCUGCAAGCACUACGUGGAGCUGCUGGUGGAGAAGGGAGCCGACGUGCAUGCCCAAGCCCGCGGCCGCUUCUUCCAGCCCAAGGACGAGGGCGGCUACUUCUACUUUGGAGAGCUGCCGCUGUCGCUGGCCGCCUGCACCAACCAGCCCCACAUCGUGCACUACCUGACGGAGAACGGGCACAAGCAGGCGGACCUGCGGCGCCAGGACUCCCGCGGCAACACGGUGCUGCACGCGCUGGUGGCCAUCGCCGACAACACGCGCGACAACACCAAGUUCGUCACCAAGAUGUACGACCUGCUCCUCGUCAAGUGCGCCAAGCUCUUCCCCGACACCAACCUGGAGACGCUGCUCAACAACGACGGCCUCUCCCCGCUCAUGAUGGCGGCGAAGACCGGCAAGAUCGGGAUCUUCCAGCACAUCAUCCGUCGGGAGAUCACGGACGAGGAUGCGCGGCAUCUCUCACGGAAGUUCAAGGACUGGGCCUACGGCCCCGUCUACUCCUCCCUCUACGACCUCUCCUCGCUGGACACGUGCGGGGAGGAGGUGUCUGUGCUGGAGAUCCUCGUCUACAACAGCAAGAUUGAGAACCGCCACGAGAUGCUGGCCGUGGAGCCCAUCAACGAGCUGCUGCGGGACAAGUGGCGCAAGUUCGGGGCCGUCUCCUUCUACAUCAGCGUGGUCUCCUACCUCUGCGCCAUGGUCAUCUUCACCCUCGUCGCCUACUACCGCCCCAUGGAAGGGCCCCCCCCCUACCCCUACACCACCACCGUGGACUACCUGCGCCUGGCGGGGGAGAUCAUCACCCUUCUCACCGGCAUCCUCUUCUUCUUCACUAACGUCAAAGAUCUCUUCAUGAAGAAGUGCCCAGGCGUGAACUCCUUCUUCAUAGACGGCUCCUUCCAGCUGCUCUACUUCAUCUACUCGGUGCUGGUGAUCGUCACAGCGGGGCUGUACCUGGGGGGCAUCGAGGCGUACCUGGCUGUCAUGGUCUUCGCGCUGGUGCUGGGCUGGAUGAAUGCGCUGUACUUCACCCGGGGGCUCAAGCUGACGGGGACCUACAGCAUCAUGAUCCAGAAGAUCCUCUUCAAAGACCUUUUCCGCUUCCUCCUGGUCUACCUGCUCUUCAUGAUCGGAUACGCAUCAGCCCUGGUGUCCCUCCUCAACCCAUGCCCCAGCAGCGAGUCCUGCAGCGAGGACCAGUCCAACUGCACGGUGCCCACCUACCCCUCGUGCCGCGACAGCCAGACCUUCAGCACCUUCCUGCUCGACCUCUUCAAGCUCACCAUCGGCAUGGGCGACCUGGAGAUGCUCGAGAGCGCCAAGUACCCCGGCGUCUUCAUCAUCCUCCUCGUCACCUACAUCAUCCUCACCUUCGUGCUCCUUCUCAACAUGCUCAUCGCCCUCAUGGGUGAGACCGUGGGCCAAGUCUCCAAGGAGAGCAAGCACAUCUGGAAGCUGCAGUGGGCUACCACCAUCCUGGACAUCGAGCGCUCCUUCCCGGUGUUCCUGCGGAAAGCCUUCCGCUCGGGAGAGAUGGUCACGGUGGGGAAGUGCACAGAUGGGACACCCGACCGCCGCUGGUGCUUCAGGGUGGAUGAGGUGAACUGGUCCCACUGGAACCAGAACCUGGGCAUCAUCAGCGAGGAUCCAGGCAAGAGCGACACGUACCAGUACUACGGCUUCUCCCACACCGUGGGCCGGCUGCGGAGAGAUCGCUGGUCCACGGUGGUGCCGCGCGUGGUGGAGCUCAACAAGAGCUGCCAGCCCGAGGAGGUGGUGGUGCCGCUGGGGACAAUGGGCACAGCGGAGGCACGGGAGCGGCGGCACGGCCAGGCCUCGGGCUCCCCGCUCUAGCACCACGGACCGGGCUGGAUGGUGCUUGUCUGCUCCUCAGGGAUUCGUGCUGGUGCCCAGCCCGGACUGGGGCGGGGGGUCCUGGCCCUGUCCCGGCGGUGCU